GAAAGAAAAGUUGAGUUCUUUUUUUAAAGAAUUUCAUUCUUAAACCAAUACUGACCCAUCUUUAAGAAACUGAAGGGUGCUGAUGAAGAAAUGUGUGUCUCAACCUCUGAAAACGCGAUUGAUCCACACCACCUCGAAGAACUAACCAUCGUAUACGAAUACGAAGCAUCCUAAAAACCACUUUACACAUCACAUGAGACAUGUUUGUAGUGCCCAAAAAAUAAAGAAACCAAACUAAGAGCUUCCAAGGAAACUGCAUUUCACCUACAACACCAUAACUAAGUUUAAAACACUUUUGUACCCAACCCAAUUAAUUAGUACAAACACGUUCUCUUCACGGAAUUUAAGCAAUAUCAAUCCUAGACCCAACGUGUUGAGGGAAUAUUUUUAAAUCAUGAUCUUCCCCAAAAGUAUAUUCAUCACAAACCUUUGCCCCACACAAAUUGUUUAAAAUAUUAAUUUUUUUACUAGUAGAACAGUGACCAUCACAGAUUUAUCUCCUUCUCACUCUCACACUCAUUUAUUCUCACCAUAUGCUUUCUUUUUGCUUCUCCCUUUUGUGAAGGAAAGGUCUUUGGUGUUUUGUGUUGUGUGUGUGCUGUUCUUCAGCCGAAGUGUGAGCCAAAUGUUGAGAGUGAAGGGAGGGAAAAGGCCACCUUGGGUGGGACUUGGAGCUGCCGUCUGGGUUCAGAUUUGUUCAGGAAAUGGCUUCACUUUCCCUCUCUACUCUCAUUCCUUGAAAUCCGUUUUGGGUUUCAACCAGAGCCAGAUUACUCUGCUUGGUGUUGCCAAUGAUAUUGGUGAGAACGUUGGCAUUCUUCCUGGUCUCGCCUGCAACAAGUUCCCCCCUUGGCUCAUUCUUCUUAUUGGUGGUCUCUUAUCAUUCCUUGGUUUUGGUGUUCUCUGGCUUGCUAUUUCCAAAACAUUUGAUUGCGUUCCUUUCAUUGUGCUAUGGCUUGCACUUGUUGUAGCUACCAACAGCUGUGCAUGGUUAUCUACUGCUAUUCUAGUCACCAACAUGAGAAAUUUCCCUGUCAGUAGAGGCACAGUUGCAGGAGUCCUCAAAGGUUAUUCGGGGCUCAGUGCUGCAGUUUUUACGGAAAUUUACAGUGUGGGUUUUCAUAAUUCUUCACCCAACUUCCUGUUGUUCCUUGCCAUUGGUAUUCCUGCUUUAUGCUUCAGUACCAUGUUUCUUGUUCGGCCUUGCACUCCGGCUUCCGGUGAAGAUUCUUCUGAAAACGGUCAUUUUCUGUUCGUCCAAGGUGCUAGUGUAGCCUUGGGUUUAUACUUACUUGCAACAACAAUACUUGACAACUUUGUCCCCAUGAGUCAUACAGUAUCAUUUGUUAUUUUGGCUGUGAUGAUUCUCCUUCUCUUGGCUCCCCUUGCAAUCCCUAUAAAGAUGACACUGUGCCCCAGAAAAGCAUCUGCAUCAGAAACACCAGAGCAACAUGUUGGAUCUUCCGACUUUCUGGUUCAAGAUGGCAAGGUGGACAACACAGAACCCUUGCUAUCAUCUUCAUCAACCAGUGGCCUUGGAAGUUUUAAUGAUGUGGAUGGUUCAGCUGAGGUGGCCAUGCUUCUCGCUGAGGGUGAGGGGGCAGUGAGGAAGAAGAGAAGGCCCAAGAGAGGGGAAGAUUUUAAGUUUACCGAGGCUCUCGUUAAGGCAGAUUUCUGGCUACUGUUUUUUGUUUAUUUUGUUGGGGUUGGAACAGGGGUUACUGUUCUGAAUAAUUUGGCUCAGAUUGGCAUUGCACAAGGUAUGGAAGAUACCACUGUUUUGCUGUCAUUAUUCAGCUUUUUCAAUUUUGUGGGUCGGCUAGGUGGAGGAGUUGUUUCAGAACAUUUUGUCAGGACAAAAACGAUUCCAAGGACAAUUUGGAUGACAUGCACGCAGAUAAUUAUGAUUUUCUUGUACCUUCUCUUUGCAUAUGCUAUCAAGGGAACACUUUAUCCUGCAAUUGCAGUUCUUGGCAUCUGCUAUGGCGUGCAAUUUUCCAUAGUGAUUCCGACUGUUUCAGAGCUUUUUGGGUUGAAACACUUUGGUUUGUUGAGCAACUUCAUGGGUCUGGGGAAUCCACUUGGCGCAUCACUUUUUUCGGCUCUUCUAGCAGGACACGUAUAUGAUAACGAGGCAGCAAAACAACAUGGCCAAGGCCUCAUUGCUUCAGGUGUUACAUGUAUUGGUCCAAGUUGUUUUCAGCUAACUUUUUUCACUCUGGCUGGUGUGUGUGUUGCGGGUACUCUCACCAGCAUUAUCUUGACUAUAAGAAUUAAGCCCGUUUACCAAAUGCUUUACUCUGGGGGUUCGUUUAAGCUACCUCAAACUUCAGGCCACUAAAAACUACUCAAGUUCAAUAACAAAUAUAGCACACCACACACUUUAUUUUACAGACAAACCUGUGUAGCUGCUUUUUCCUGGUCUGCCAUUAUUACAUUCUAAACAAUGCUGAUAAACAAUCUAUCAGGCAAGAGAUCUUGGCUUCAAACAUGUGGACCAUGUUGGGAUAUGACUCUGACCACUGAGAAUUGUUAAAGGUGAAGGAAGUGUGAUACGUGAUCUGUAUGCACAUGGUUGUAGGAUAAUUAAUCUAUCAUAUAUUGUUUGGAACAAUCGUUUAUUUCAAUGUAUGUGAUGAUAAUUAUACAACGAACGAGCUCAAUAUCUUUUAAUUGUUAUUGAACGUAACAUUUUAGUUUAGCUUUAGUUUGGUGCCGCCUGAAAGGGAUAUUUGGACUUUAGCUUUAAUUCCUUUGAAUGAGAAUAUCUACCAGCAAAUAAAUUAAUUA